AGUUCAGUGUCUGUGCCAAAAAAGCGCACGUUCUGUAGUUGCGCACCGCCGGGCCCCCGUUUCUCCCACCGCCCCCCACGCCAGUGACUACCCCCCGUCCCGCGCGCGGGGGACACGAGCCGCCGGCGCCGCCGCUGCCGCUAAAUCCACAGUGACACCUGCGUUCCACAAACAAUGUCACAUACCGCAAAAUGGAAAUUAGAGAAGCAAAAAAACAUCAGAUUUUGAAGACGAAACCAUGGACCCCCUGAUCCACAUGCCUGCUAUUUCCUUUUGACCCCGCCCCUCGCAGUUCCUCCUUUCUCACAUCCAUUGGCCACACAGCAGGCUCCCUGGCCCAAGCCCUCUGCUCAAGCGUCCAUGUCCAGGGAGGAAGGACACUGCAAGACCAUGGAUCCGCAACGCUUGGCAGUGCUCUUGCAGCGAGGUCUCUCGGGCACGCUGAUCGUCGACAGCCGUGCCUUUUCCGAAUACAACGCCUCGCACGUUCUCGGCUCCAUCAACAUCUGCUGCUCCAAGCUGGUCAAGAGGCGGUUGCAGCAGGACAAGGUGCCAGUCGCCGAGCUCCUGAACCUUUUCGGCAAGAUGAAGCUGGACCUGAGCAAGAAGCAGGAAGUGGUGGUGUAUGACCAGAAUUCCAGGGACAGGAGCCUGCUGCCUAAGGACAGCUUUGUGAGUGUCCUGCUGGGGAAGCUGGAGGCCACCUUCUACCAGGUGUCCCUGCUCACAGGGGGGUUUGCCGCCUUCUCCUCCUGCUUCCCGGGCCUGUGUGAGGGUAAACCAGCCACCAUCCUUCCUGUGAGCCUUUCCCAGCCUUGCCUGCCCGUGGCCAAUGUGGGGCCCACCAGGAUCCUGCCUCACCUGUACCUGGGCUCCCAGAAGGAUGUUCUCAAUAAGGACCUUAUGGCCCAGAACGGCAUCACCUACGUACUGAACGCCAGCAACACCUGCCCCAAGCCGGACUUCAUCUGCGAGAGCCAUUUUAUGCGCAUUCCAGUCAAUGACAAUUACUGCGAGAAGCUUCUGCCCUGGCUGGAGAAAACCAACGAAUUCAUUGACAAAGCUAAGGUGUCUAAUUGCCGAGUGAUUGUGCAUUGUCUGGCGGGAAUUUCCAGGUCAGCUACCAUCGCGAUUGCUUACAUUAUGAAGACAAUGGGAUUGUCAUCUGAUGAUGCCUACAGGUUUGUGAAGGAUCGCAGGCCUUCCAUAUCACCAAACUUCAACUUUCUGGGCCAGUUGCUUGAGUUUGAGAAAGGUUUGAAGCUGUUGAAAGCCUUGUCUUCAGUCCCUGGUAAGACCCUGAUUGAGAGGCAAGAGGACGACCCUGAACACAAGGUCCAGGAGUGUGACGGUGUUGCGCUGCGGAAUGGACUCCAUGAGAAGGAACCUGAGCCUCAGGAGACAGAACCAAAGAUCGCCUCCCCUGCAUCUCUUCAGCAGGGCCUUAAUGGACUUCACUUGUCUGCAGAGCGCAUUUCGGACACCAACCGUCUCAAGCGCUCUUUUUCUCUGGACAUUAAGUCAGUUUACACCCCCACUCACUGCCCCAGGGCUACUCCAACAUUGGCAGUGAUACCAGUGGACACAGAGGACGUUCCCAAGCUUUACAAGCUCGACAGCCCUGAGGUGUCCAGUGACGUUUGCCGGUUUUCUUCGGAGCUGGAGAGCCCGGGUUCAGACAAGUCACCGGGCAGUGAGGAAUCCAGGACACUGCAGAGGAGGAAAGAGAAGGGCAGUGGCAGCAUGGGGAGCUCCCCAAACCGGUCUCUGAACAUUAAUGCUGGCGGCAGCCGGGCCAUGCACCAGAACUCUGACGUGGACAGAAACUUGAAAGGCUCGCUGCUCUUGAGCUUGCCCGGUGUAGGCUCUGGCCAGGUGUGGACCAAGCACAGGGACUCGACGCAGGCCACCACACCCAACACGCCCACAGAUGACGGCCCCUGGUACUUGGGCCCCGACUCAUCAGCAGGCGGAGGUGGGGCACGCUUCAGGAGUGGCACAGCCUUUGGGGCAUUUGGCUGUGAAGUGGUGCGGCUACGGGAGAAGCCCCAGGAUCAACGGGACUCUCGGGGCAGCUGGCACGAGGACACGACUGGCAGCAGCGCCGACAAACAGUUCAAGCGGCGCAGCUGCCAGAUGGAGUUUGAGGAAAGCAUCGCCGAGACACGGGCCCACGAGGAACUCGGCAAGGUCGGCAAGCAGUCCAGCUUCUCGGGCAGCAUGGAGAUCAUCGAGGUUUCCUGACACGCAGGCCUACGGACUAGUGCCGUCUCACCGAGGGGGAGCUGAGCCAAUGGGUUCUUUUAUAAUACAGUAUUUUUUAUUGCUUUGCAUUCACAGCUCAAAGGAAUCUGAAGCAGCCAUCUCAAACACGUACAAAUCCGUGAUGACAAUGACACUGGUUGUCACAGUUCGUACUUCACAUCCUGUAGAGCCAGUAGACCAGUGUGCAUGCCACUGACCAGCACUUUGUGCAUGCCAUUGAGCCAGCCAGUUCUGCAGUUUUGAUUAAUCCAUUCAUCAUGACUACAGCGUAGAGAACUUUGCGGUCUUCGCUCUAGUAAUGGACGGAUUAUGAAAUGGAUCACGCAGUACGUGGAUACGGAUCGCUCCCGAAUACCAGCACAGUGAAGCACCAAGGGCUGAUCUCUCAGCUCUCCCCUCAUGGUGGUACUUUGACAUUGUUGUUAUUUUUAUUUUAAUGAAGGAUCCUCCAUGGGCAGGCUCCUUGAAGCUAAAUAACACGGUUCACCACAGUGUGAACAAAACAAAGAAACACAAUGCACAUGCAUUUAUGUGACACAGACUGACAUCAUUUCCCACAAUGUCAGCUUUUGCCAGUAUAAGCCAAAAAGCGAGUGAGAAGUUUUGAUUGCCCUCUGUACUUUUGCUGAGACUCCCGCCAGCUCUGUGUUUCACCAGAGCUCCUGGAACUCCUGCGUGUGCACUGAGCAAGCUGAGAGCGGCCGGCCUACAGUACCGACGCGGUAUUUUUGUACCUGUGUGACAGAGAGAAAGAAUGCGUUCGCCAUGAUUGUACCGUGCUUUUUACCUUUUCUUACUCCUCUCGGUUUUAAUUUAUUUUAUCUCUUCAUUCUGGCAAUGAGAAAAAGAUAUCAUUUGUUGAAAUAUUUUCUGCAGAUUUUAUUUACAGUUCUACUAUAUAUUAUUUAGAAAACGUGAAAAGAAGUACAACUUAAAGCAAUAAAAAACAUACUCCUUUCUUUCCCCUUUUUUCCGCCUUGAGAAGAAAAACUGAGGUCUUAGUAUGUUGUAGGACUUCAAGCCUUUUCUGUGCUUCGUGAAACCAUUUGCUAUACAAAGUCUAUAUUUAUUUAUCUGUCUUGAUGCCACUCUCGGUCCAGACUAAGCUGUUUUUUUUAAUAUGUGUCUUGAAAAUCCUUUAAAAGAUUCAGUUGGGCAGAAUUCGAGCCUGGUCCCACUUUCACACAAAUGGACCGCGUGAGAAAGAACAUUUACAUUAAAGGACUGCUGCCGACAAACAGCUCAAAUUCCUUCCGCCUUCAUUCUUGUAAUGACACAGUUAGUCGAAUCUAUUUGAAGAAUUUGGAAGCCCGAAUGUCCCGCUGCAGGAGCCUUUCGGGAAGAUGCCUGUAGAAUGACUUUUGCUAAAGGCACCUGAGGGUGUUGAAAUUCAAAAAGUUAAACGGUAGUGAAAAUUCAGUGAUUGAAAGCGCGCCUCCGAAGUGAGAUCGCUGGUGCCCAAGCAGACCUGGGACUCGAAUAUGAAGGAGUGCUUUCGUGCUCAUUGUAGCUGUCCGCAGUAGUUCGUAAGCCUUUCCCGUGAAGGCGCAUCCUCGGCACCUUGCGGCCGAGGGCUCGGAUGUGCGGACGGUCGGUGAGCGCAACCCACAGACCCUGUGGGGAAACACACUAGAGAUGUUAUAGAGGUCCUGCGUGUGCCCCAGUCUGCUGUGGGCACCUGUCACUCAUGGUAAAAUCUAUACCAUCCCGUCUUGCUUUUCGUCGAAAAUGCACAAAGGGGUUUUCAGUGCUAAACUGAAUGCAGUUAUUCUCUUUGCAGUGCAAAAUGUUUGUUUGUUUUUUUUUUUUUUUUUUUUUAAAAAUUCUGGUAGCUUUCAAAUGCCAACCUUUGACCUUUCAUUUGUGCUGCUGUAAAUUCAGACCUUAACUGACUGUGUUCUGUUCUUUUCUGUGUGUGAGGCAUUUUUCCUUUUUCUAAGUAUUUUUGAGGAUUAUUAUUAUUAUUGGAAAGAUGCUGAUUGUCCCAAUUAUCAUAACUAUUAUUAUUAUUAUUAUUAUUAUUAGCUUGAUGUAAAUAGCAGUGUAUCUAAAAUGUAUGAAAUAAGGUAACUUUUCAAAAGAAAACCGAUACCUUUGGCUGCUGAAGCAAAAUACCUCAGGUUAAAUUGAAAAAAAAAAAAAAAGCUUUUCCUU